AUGUACUGUCUCCAGGCCCUGGGUGCUAGCACUGCUGUCAUCUUCCUGGGAUUCUGCCUACAACUACUGCCCACGGGUGAAGCUGCGGACAUACAAAAGCUGCUUGAAGUGAAUGUGGUCCCAACGGGACCUGCAAAACCAGGGGAGAAAAUUGAAUUGGCAUGCUCCGUUCAGUCAUAUUGGACAGAUUGCGCUCCGGUAAAAGUCCACACCCUGAGCAACCCACCCAUUGACUUCCCUUUGGGGAAUCUGAAUUAUACUUAUUGUGCUUGUCCUGAGGAAACUAGGACCUUCUACUGGACCAUCCAAAGCAACAAGACUGUGAAUGUAGGAUGUAGAGCUGUUUUCCAACUGGAUGAUGUUUGCCCUGAAGGCCAGAAUUCAAUUCCUCCCCGGAACAAAAGAAGAUAUGAUGUUAAUAUGAAGACCUUGAAAAUAAUCAAAUGAGCUAUAAGCCCUAUGCUUUCUCCUUCUCCCCCCUACCAUUUAGUCAUCCUGUUACUUCUGGCCCUA